CGCGGUGGGCGGUGCCGCUGGGGCCCGCCGUCUUGAAAGUGCAAGCGCCGGGGCUGGGCCUUCAGAGAGCGUGGGGUCUGCCAGCCCUUCCAGCUCCCACUCUUCGCCAGUCCGGCCCGACUCUCCGCGGCGGCGCCUCCUGGACUUCUCGCAGGGACUGCCGCCUCCCACCGGCGCCCCUGCCCGCCCGCGCUCCCUGCUGCUGCGCCCCGGCUGAGCCUAGAGGUUGGCCUAGACGAGAGGGACCAUGGCAUCUGAGUCCCAGGCCCAGACCGCCACCAGCAGCCUCGCCCGCCAAGGGACUGUGAAGAAAGUGCACGAGGUGAAGGACCACAGAUUCGCCGCCCACUUCUUCAAGCAGCCCACCUUCUGCAGCCACUGCGCCGGCUUCAUCUGGGGGUUUGGAAAACAAGGCUACCAGUGCCAGCUUUGCCGCUUUGUGGUUCACAAGAGGUGCCACGAACUUGUUGCUCUUCCUUGUCGGGGCGCAGGCCAGGGGCCCGACACCGCUGACCCCAAGAACAAGCACAAGUUUAAAGUCCACAGUUACCGAAGGCCCACCUUCUGUCAGCACUGUGGGUCGUUGCUGUACGGCCUUAUCCGUCAAGGGAUGAAAUGUGAGGCCUGCUCUAUGAAUGUGCACAGGCGAUGCGAGACGAAAGUCCCCAGCCUCUGUGGGGUAGACCACCCUAAGAAGAGGAGCAGCUCUGCCAGAAGCUGAGGUCACCGGUGAAAAGCUCAGGGUCACAGGUAUCCAGGCUCAAGGUGACGUGGCUUCCCUUUCUCCUGCUUAAGACGAUCUCAAGCCCCUGGAUUCUUUCCAGGGGCCUCAGUCGUCCCUCCACUUUGAUUUGAGUGACUCCUGCCAUUCUUAAGAUGGACUCUGAAUGCCUGCAUCUCUGGGAAGGGGAGAAACAAAUGAUUUCUGGAGCUUCUUUCAAGAUUUUCCCAUGAGUACCCUGGAUGUGUGGCCCAGUUGGUUGAGCAUUGUCUCAUGCAUCAAGAGGUCGUUUGAUUCCCAGUCUGGGCACAUGCCUGGGUUGUGGACUUGAUCCCCAGUCGGAGGACCAUCGAUGUUUCUCUCCCUCUCUCCCUUCCUCUCUCUCACAAAUCAAUUUAAAAAAAAAAAAGAGAGAGAGAUUACCCCAUGAGCAUAUAGGGAGAUUGACACCGACUGAGUAGAUCAUUCUUGGGCAGGAUUUUAAUUGCUUCUAAUUAUAGGAUUAUCAUGUAGGCACUAGAUUAAUUACCAUGAAAUUAUUGCAAAGAACUUGAUCUUCUUCUAGAAAGUAAGUGCAUUAGCCAAGUGAGGAAUCUCUUAGAAGCUAGCAAACAAUUUUUUAAUCACUAAUGUGGAAACUUUCUUUUAACUCUUUGAUGGGGGAGAUGUUAAAGGGAUCAGGAUGGGAGUGGAAACAAAGAGCAGAUCAAUGCCCCUUUUGUUUCCCCGCCAAAAGGUUGGAAAACUUGAGCAUUCAUGUUUGGGACUCACUUGGUGCCCCAAUGGAAAAUGUCCCCCAAAUAGUCCUGGCUGGUGUGGCUCAAUUGAUUGGGCUUCCUCCUGUGCAUGUUGCCAGUUCAAUUCCCAGCAGGGUCAGCUGCCUGGGGUUGGGGUCUAGAUCCCCAGGGAUUGUUUUGCUCUCAAAACAAUGUUUCUCUCUCCCUUUACAUUCUUCUCUCUUUAAAAAUUAAAAAAAAAAAAAUUUAAAAAGAAGAAAAGAAAAUGUUGCCAAAUGAAGGCAAAGAUGUUUCCUCUCAAAUUAAAAAAGAAAAAAGUUACUUUCAGUCUGUAGCUUGUCUUCUCAGACUCUUGAUUUUCUUUUGAGCAUAUAGAAAAAUAAUUCUAUAAAAUUAUACAAAAUAAAUAAUGGCAAAUUGAAUAAUGUAAUUGAGAAAAUACCCAUUUGUAAUAAAGGUGAAAUAGAAAACAAGAUA